CUGCACUGUUGUUAUGAAGACUUCAUCACUCCUUUCUUAAUAUGGAAGGAUCCAGCGGGUCGAGUUUUGGGAUAGACACUAUUUUAUCCAGCGCUUCUAACUCUGGCAACCCCGUGCUCAUGAACGGAGAUUUCCGGCUCGGCGACAGCAGGACAGCGGAUUUCAGGAGCCAGGCAACCCCUUCACCAUGCUCGGAGAUAGACACUGUGGGAACAGCCCCUUCGUCCCCCAUCUCGGUCACCAUGGAGCACGCCGGCGAUCCGCAUCUGGUCCAGGACAGCCUUCAGCAUCACCACCAUCACCACAACCAGCCGCAGAGUUUGCCGCUGUCGCCUCAGCAGCAGCAGCCGCUCGGCGGGGCCGGCUGCGCCCCGAGGACAGCCACCUCUUCGUUUUUAAUCAAAGACAUUUUGGGCGACAGUAAACCGCUGGCAGCCUGCGCACCUUACAGCACCAGUGUAUCCUCACCGCAUCACACGCCAAAACCAGAAAGUGCCACGGCUCCGGACGGCUUCAGGCCCAAGUUGGAACAAGACGAAAACAGAGGCAAGUUGGACAAAAGAGACGACAUUCAGAGUGAAAUGAAAUGCAACGGGACUAAAGAAGAAGGCGACCGGGAAAUCUCCAGUAGCAGAGACAGUCCACCGAUGCGCACGAAAAAGCCUCGUAAAGCACGGACAGCCUUUACCGACCACCAGCUCAACCAGCUGGAGAGGAGCUUCGAGCGACAAAAAUACCUCAGCGUGCAGGACCGCAUGGACCUGGCCGCGGCUCUCAACCUGACGGACACACAAGUCAAGACCUGGUACCAAAACAGACGGACGAAGUGGAAGAGGCAAACGGCGGUCGGAUUGGAGCUGCUGGCUGAAGCAGGAAACUACUCGGCCUUACAGAGAAUGUUCCCGUCGCCCUAUUUCUACCACCCGAGCCUGCUGGGCACCGUGGACAGCACGACGGCCGCCGCGGCCGCCGCAGCCAUGUACAGCAGCAUGUACCGGACUCCUACCGCGCCGCAUCCCAGCCUCCAGAGACCUCUGGUCCCGAGGGUGCUCAUUCAUGGCCUUGGGCCGGGGGGGCAGCCGGCACUAAACCCCCUGUCUAACCCCAUGCCCGGCACGCCGCACCCGCGAUAAAAACUCCAGAACAAGACGAGAAAAACGAGCAGAAAGCUGCUUUGUGAUGUGAGUAACUGCAUCGGAGCCGCACUGCAGGACUUUGUUCUCCCCCCCAAAAAAAGACACAUUUAAAGACAUUUUACAAAAAGGAGGUAUUUAAUAUAGGCGCAG